AUUAUUUCACAAAAGGACCAUUUUGGUUUAAAACAUGUUUGCUAUUAUUUUUACUCUUGCACUUAUAACAGUACAUGUUGGGGCGGAAAUACCCUCCUACAUUCAAGUAUGCGGCCGUAGAGAUCCGAAUCUUGAUCAGUGUAUCAUAAAUAACAUCGAUAAUUUGAAAGGAAGGCUCUGCGAUGGAAUUCCAGAAUUGGGCAUUCCGUCAGGAAAUCCGUAUACUUUUGAUGAACUACUCAUUACAGACGGGCCUAACGCCAAAAUUUAUAUUAGAGAUGCAAAAAUAAUGGGAAUGUGUGAUUUUGUCGUAAAAUCCUUUUACGCGGAUAUCGACAGACUCCACUUCGAAGCUGAAAUAAUAUUUAAACAGGUCGAAAUAAAUACCACUUAUGAUUUUAACGUACGUUUAUUGGUGCCUAUUGCCUACAAAGGACCGAUUUACUUAACCUUAGAUAACGUAGGAGCAAAAGCAGAUAUAGAUAUAAAUCUGACAACUAGAGACAGCAAAAGAUAUGUAUAUUUAUCAAAGCUGAAGAUCAAUAUUGAUUUCAAAAAUUAUAACAUUAAAUAUGACGUGGACAAUUCGGAUUUAGCACAAUUCUACGAAAUUAUUAAGAAUUUUGUAGGCAAUAAUCGAGAAGAGAUUAUUAAAAUUCUUAAACCAGUUAUAGAAGCGGAGAUCUCCAGACGGAUUAUCUUGAUUUCUAAUAAUAUAGUUAAACAAUUUACUUACGAAGAGCUCUUCCCCGAUAGAACAUAAAAAUAUAAAAAUUGUCACGUUACUAUAUUUGUGAUCAGGAACGGAGACUUUUGAUUUUUCGGGAUGUGGAGUACCUUAACCAAACGGGGGGGGAUUUCAAAAUAAAAAUUUUAUCUCUUUUAUUGUA